AUGCACGGAUUUGUGGUUACUCCAGAUGGUCAAGAUCAUUUUAAAUUACAAUUGCAGACACCACCAGUUCAUGCACUUGGUGAUCAAGUUAGAGUUGAGUUUAAAGUUAAACCAAAUUGGUAUUACAAUGGGACGCGAUGUGCUGAAUUCAACACCAUCGUUUUUGAUCGAAAAAAUUGGCAACAACCACAACAAGUUGAUAUGUCGUUUGUUGAUUACGGUUGUUGCACAUAUGCAAUUACUGCAAACGGUGGUGGAUACGAUUGGCAAUAUGCAGUAUCAACAUUUGUUGUUUAUGCCUGCGAUGGACAAGCUGGAUAUGGUUGCAAAGGCAAAGAACCAUGUGGAGCUUGA